AUGCUUUCUUUUGGGAGAAACCUCAAAGUAUCUCGCGCUGCAGCGGACUUCUCUCUGCGGACACGUCCAGCUUUGGCUCUCUGCAGCGACAGGCGAGUUCUGCGCACAAGUCCCCAGAGGAAGUGCUCAGGGAAACGUUACAAUGUGCCACUGAGCGCCGAGUUCGUUGCAAGGGUGUCGGGUAUCUCCACCAUGGCCAAGUUACCGUACCAGGAGACAGCGGACGGGCUCGAUGCGGCGUUUAUCGGGGUCCCAAUUGACACCGGGACCUCCAACCGACCUGGAGCAAGGUUCGGUCCUCGUCAUAUCAGAGCGGAAUCUGCCCUGUUGAGGUCCUACAACAGUGGCACCAGGGCAGCACCUUAUGAGUCCCUCAUGGUGGCUGAUAUUGGGGACGUCAAUGUGAAUAUGUAUGACCUGAAGGACACCUGCAAACGCAUCAGGGACGCCUACAGAAAGAUCAUGGCUACUGGCUGUAUUCCUCUGACUAUGGGUGGCGAUCACACAAUUGCAUAUCCAAUCCUCCAAGCGGUUGCUGAGCGGCAUGGUCCAGUGGGUCUGGUCCAUGUGGAUGCUCAUGCUGACACAAGUGAUGUGGUCUUGGGGGAGAAGAUUGGACAUGGGACCCCAUUCAGACGCUGUGUGGAGGAAGGGCUACUGGACUGCAAGAGAGUGGUCCAGAUCGGCCUGCGUGGCACAGGCUACUCUGCAGAUUCCUAUGAAUGGAGCCGGGUACAGGGUUUCCGUGUGGUCCAAGUGGAAGAGUGUUGGUUCAAAUCUCUUGCACCUCUGAUGGCUGAGGUCAGGGCUCAGAUGGGCAGCGGCCCAGUUUACCUCAGUUUCGACAUCGAUGCUCUUGACCCGGGCUUUGCCCCUGGAACAGGCACUCCAGAGAUAGCAGGGCUGACUCCCAUACAGGGAGUUGAGAUUAUUCGGGGCUGUCGUGGUUUAAACCUUGUUGGAUGUGAUCUUGUGGAGGUGUCUCCCCCAUACGACACAACGGGGAACACUGCACUGACUGGUGCCAACCUCCUUUUUGAAAUGCUGUGCGUCCUCCCAAAAAUGAAAUACUUCUGAUCAGUAAAGACAUCACAGAACAGGUAGUUUGUUAAUAAUGAAUACACAGAUGCCAAUGUCAAAUGAGCAGGUGGUCCUGCUGAAUAAAUCAUUAUUUUUUUAUUACAGCCGUCAUGAUGGUGAAUGCACUAUUGACAACCAAUUAAAACUCUUCACUGUUGGCGGAUAUUGUUUACACCAACUUGUAAAACGCUUCAUAUUCUCUUUAUCCUUUAAGUACAUACUAUAUAUACUAUAUAAAAAUAUA